AUGGGCAAGAACUAUAGGAACUGUAAGAGUUAUCUUAGAUGGAAAGACAGCAAAAUCUCCUAAACGUCCAUUUGAGAAGGAACGUCUUGAUCAAGAGCUCAUGCUUCUUGGCCAAUACGGGCUAAGGAACAAACGAGAGGUUUGGAGAGUCCAACUUACCCUCGCCAAGAUCCGUAAAGCUGCAAGAGAGCUUUUGACAUUAGAAGAGACCGCUCCUAGAAGAAUUUUCGAAGGAAACGCUCUUAUCCGCAGAAUGGUCCGUUUAGGUCUCUUGAACGAGAACGAAAAGAAGCUCGAUUUUGUCCUUGGAUUGACCUUACAAAAAUUCUUACUCCCCCCCCAUCCUUGAUCGAACGAUUGACUGUAAAAAUUCUAAAAAAUGGGGAAAUUAGCCCCCAUCCUUGAUCGAACGAUUUUCAUAUCAUGCAAAUUUUUAUAUAUAUAAAAUUAUAUUAGUUAUCAAAAGCUUUGGGAAGAUGUACAUAAUGAAGUUGUUUUCAGAGACUUUAAGACGACAGAAAGCUGCGGAAGCAACCAUCCGAAGUGAUUUAGCCAUCAAUCUAGGCUUAAAAACUCAAUAAUCUAAAAAAUAGAGAUUCUUUAAAAUUAAAAAAAAAAAAAUUUAAUUCAAUAAGAAACAAAUUAAAAUUUAUACAGUUUUAAAGAGUAACUAAUUAAAAAUUGGUAUUUUAUGAAAUUAAUUCAAUUUUUUGCUGUAAAAAUAAUUAUUAAAUACUCUUUAUAAAGUAAAUAAAAAAAACAUAUAUAUAUAUAUUUUAUAUAUAAAUUUUUUGUUCCCCAAAAAAAAUUUUUUUUGACCCCCAUCCUUGAUCAAGGAUGGGGGGGGGAGUUAGAGAGAAGGCUUCAAACCAAAGUAUUCAAGAAGAAUAUGGCAAGAAGCAUCCACCACGCCAGAGUCCUCAUAAGACAAAGACACAUCAGAGUUGGAAGACAAAUUGUCAAUGUCCCUAGCUUCAAUGUUAGAGUUGACAGCGAGAAAUAUAUUGAAUUCGACCCGAACUCAUCACUCAGCAAUGGAAAGGCAGGAAGAGUUAAGAGGAGAAACAUCGCAAAGAAAGCAAAGAAGACUGAAGCUGAAGGGGAAGAUGAAGAUUAA